AUGCCGGUAAAACUUGGCCUCAAGAAACCACAGCUACCGAUCCCAUCCGCAAAUGCCACGUCGACCAACAGAGCGUAUCCUCGCCUGGCUCGCCAUCCAUUCUCGAUAAAAACCGAAUAUGAUGUGGUGGUCGUUGGCUCAGGAUAUGGCGGUGGCGUUGCAGCAUCACGCAUGGUAAGAGCCGGGAAAAGCGUUUGUGUGCUAGAACUUGGAAAAGAAACCUGGCCCGGAGAGUAUCCCCAUACGUUCAAAGACGCCAUGCGAGAAUAUAGCUUAAGUGGCAAGAUACUCGGUAAAAUGAUUAGUAUCGGUAAAGCAGCAGGGUUGUACCAUACUGUCAAAGGGGAAGGGCAGGACGUAUUUCUAGGCUGUGGUCUGGGGGGAACGAGCUUGAUCAAUGCUGGUGUUUUCCUCAAACCAAACGAAAGAUUACUGGAAGCAGCAGAGUGGCCGGAUGAAAUUAGAGAGAAUCCUGCAGACCUCGAGCAAUUCUACGUGAGAGCUGAGCGCAUGCUCCAACCAACAGCAUUUCCAACAAGAUACCCAAAACCACGCAAACUAGACGUCUUUGAACGGCAAGCCGAUAGUCUUGGCUUGCAUGAAAACUUUUACCGUCCUCCGUUGACGACAACCUUCUGCUCCAGCACCAACCAAGCUGGAAUACACAUGAGCGAAAGUACGGGUUCUGGCAACGAGUGCACAGGUGUCAACGAUGGUUCAAAGAACUCAGUACUUGUAACAUACCUGUAUGAUGCUUGGACAAGAGGCGCCGAACUCUUCUGUGGAAUUGAUGUCAGACAUGUGAAAAAGGAGGGUCGAGGCAAAGGGUACUUAGUAUUCUAUGAGGUGUCCAAUGGGAGAGGAGGAAAGACAAAGAAGUGGGUCAGAGCUCGGGAGGUUGUCUUCCUUGGGGCCGGUGCACUCGGGACGACGGAGGUACUGCUGCGAUCGCAACGCUAUGGCCUCCAUACAUCACCUUUGUUGGGUCAAAGGUUGACAGGCAACGGUGACAUGUUGGCUUUCGCAUAUAAUUGCAAGCACGACAUCAGUAGCAUUGGUCGUGAAGCCCUGGGUAAAAUGAGUUCCAAAUCAUGCGGCCCAACGAUUACUGCAUGCAUCGACAUGAGAGGCUCCACACACGCCAAAAACGUACGGGACAGGUACAUUAUCCAAGACGGUGCGAUCCCUGAAGCUCUAGCGCCAGUCAUUCAGAGUUUGCUCGAAACCCAAACCACCGCUGUGCCGUCUGAAUCAUCCAGCACUAUAGGUAAUUUGCUGGCCAGGUUGAAGAAUUGGAUCCUUGGACCAUAUGCUAGAGGUGGCAGCGUGGACCGGACGCUAGUGUAUCUCACCAUGUCCCACGACGAAAACGAAGGACAGAUGGUACUCGAAGAUGAUGCAGUGGUUCUGCGAUGGUUGGGCAUAGGGAGCCAGAAGCGAAGUGCACAUCUUGACAGCGUUCUUCUUGAGAUGACUGAGAACCUUGGCGGCAAACUCGUCAAGGCUCCAUGUAUCACUGUUCACCCGCUCGGAGGUGCGGUUAUGAGUAAUGACGGAACUGGACUUGGAGGCGUGGUCAAUCAUCGCGGCCAGCUUCUUGUUGGAAAAGGACAUGAAGUAUACGAGGGGAUUGUCUGCGUAGACGGUUCAAUCAUCCCAACAUCACUCGGUGUGAAUCCAUGCGCUACAAUCACUGCACUGGCUGAGCGAAGCUGUGACCUGAUCGCCCAAGAACGUGGUUGGAAAACCGACGAUAGUUCAAAUGGUAGACUAAGUACCUCGAAACAUCCGCUCGUACCUGUACUACCAGAAUCCACAAAGACUAUUAGACUCAAUACCAUCGAGGAUUCGAUCGAAGGCGUCCGAUUUGAGGAAGUCAUGCGAGGUCAUAUUCACUUUGGCAACAACGUCCCAGAUUUUAGUAUUGCGGAAAAGGUUGCUAGGGAGGCUUCAAGCUCAGCUCAGCUCGCACUCACGGUGGACGCACGCCGCAACCGAAAUGGCUCAUAUCAGGGUGUGCCAUUUGGCACAUUUGCUUGCGGCGCAUUGUCGCAAGAACCGUUCAUGGUUACUGGUGGCACAGUCGAGUUCUUUACAAUCGACGAGAAAGUCGCAGAUGCAGUAAAUCUCGUGUACAAGGUAGACCUCUUGAGUACAGAUGGUGCGAGAUACGGCUUUCACGGUUACAAAAGACUUAACUCGACUGCUGCAUUCUCAGUCUCGAGAACUUGGGGCGCGACAACAACUUUAUACACAACAAUCACUGGUUACGAUGGCGUUGUGGUCGGUCGAGGUAUUUUACACUUGUCACUCCACGACUUCUUCUCGGAACUUCAGUCCCUACGAUCUCGUACAACUAUUGGUGGCAUGAGCGAUAUGCAAGCGCAGGCCAGGUUUCUCAAGUUCUUCACGACUAACAUCGCAUCGUACGUGUUCAGUCCCUUUCGUCGACUCCAGUAUCCAACACCGCCCACCGGGAAAUCGGGCUACUAUGAGAAGGCGAUUCCUACUGUGACGAUGCUUACAGCCGACGAUGGGGUCAGGUUUCCCAUCAAGUUGUGGCAGCCUCCAUCCGGCACGCUGGAGAAGCAUACGCCGAUCGUAUUCAUCCCCGGUGCGUCUGUAGACGAUCAAAUGUUUUCCUUGCCAACUGUACCCACGAACGCCAUUGAUUACUUUACCUCACUUGGCUACCGGUGUUACAUCCCCAUCCUCCGUUUUGGGAUUGGAGAAGAAGCUAGAAAGGGCGAUACUGUAUACGAUGCUCGGUUGGACGUUCGAGCUGCCAUGGAAUACGUUCGAGAGAGGGAACAAGAGAGAAAGAUCUACGCUGUUGUUCAUUGCUUAGGAAGCAUAGCAACAGGCAUUGCUUUGCUCAAAGGCGACGUGGAAGCUUCUUGGUUGAAAGGAAUGACAUGUAGUCAAGUAUUCACCAACCUACUUUUCAGCCCGGACAACGAUUUCAAGGCGCGACAUCCCAUUCUCAUAAAGGCAUAUGAAACAUUAGCAGGCUCCUGGUUCCCGUGCCACUCUUCUUCGUCCUCGCCAUGGGUGCAGUUCCUGCUGGAUCAAAUACUACGUUUCUACCCCGUAGGCACUAGAAGCGAAAUGUGCAACUCUGCGGUCUGUCACAGAUGCGACGUUCCUUUUGGCCGCUGUUGGACGCACACCAACCUCAACCACGCCACACAUGAGCAUCUUGGUCAUUGGUUCGAUGGCAUCCACACCAACUUCCUCUCGCACUUAUCGAAUAUGGGUGCUAUGCCACCUCACCACGUUCGCAGCGAUAGGCCCGUGUUUGAGGAUCUGCUUACCCAAACGAAUCUAGAGAGGUUGAAGGGGUUGAGUAUUUGCUUGCUGAGUGGGGCUGAGAAUGCUGUUUGGAGCCAGCAAAGCACGAAAAGUAGCUAUGAUCUGUUAAGAGAAUGUUUUCCGGAGGUAAAGUACGAAAGGGUUGUUGUGAAUGGUUAUGGGCAUCUGGAUUGUUGGAUGGGAAAGCAUGCGCACGUUGACAUCUUCCCGAGGGUCGCGAGGCAUCUGGCAGUCUGUGAGGAGGCAGAAGAGGGCUGCGAGACGACGGUGAUCGUUAAGGGCUAUGAGGAGGACGGAUACGUGGAUGUGGCGGCGGAGAACUACAACAGGUAG